CAGAUGACAGAGACGAGUUAAAACAUUUGUUUGGAGGAGAUUGAAAUAAAGCACUGGUUGUAUUUAUAGAUGGAUGGAUGUGCCAUCAAUCCAGUCUAUACUUUUUUUUCCUCUGAGAUGAAGAACUGGACUGAGAGCAGAAGAUACUGUAGAGAGAGAGGAGCAGAUCUGAUCAUCAUCAACAACAGAGGGGAAGAAGACUUUGUUAGGAGCGUGUCUGUUUGGACAGCAGUCUGGAUUGGUUUGACUGACAGUGAUGAAGAGGGCAGAUGGAAAUGGGUUGAUGGCAGCACACUGACCUCUGGCUUCUGGACAUCUGGAGAGCCAAACAGUUACAUGGGUCUAGAGGAAGACUGUGUUGUAGCUUCAUACGGAUGGAAUGAUUGUCCAUGUAAUGGGGCAUUUAGAUGGAUUUGUGAGAAGACUAUAUUUUAAAAUGAAACUAUCACUACCACAACACAAACUUGUAUGUACCUUAAUAUGAUACAAAUACACAACGGUAGCACUUUACAGUUAGUGUACUUCGCUGGUACAUACGUGGUAAAUAUCUUUAC